AUGUUUGACUGUAUCUGCGUUUUUGUGAUCCCGCUUCUUGUACUUGUUUAUUUGGUAUGGAAACUAUAUAAGUCCGGAAUUUUUGAUAACAUUGAGGUAAGAGUAUCUGAUAAUCCUCCGUUUGUCAAUAAGCCGCUUAUCGUUUAUUACAAGCACCAUAUUGGUGCAUACAAGAAUGUUGGUAAAUUUAUGGAAAGUGCUAAACAGUUAAUGCCCGCAGAUGUAAACGUCUUUGGCAUCUACUAUGAUAAUCCAAAUGUGGAAAAUUUGUUGCAGUCUGUCACAGGUGUAGUUUUUGGAGUUGACGGUAAAGACUUGUAUGAUGAAAGCUACGCCGAAAAAUUGAAAAUGGCUGGGUAUGAAAAGUUGGUUUUGCCAGCAGUCGAAGCAGCCGUUGUUGCCACUCAAAAGAAUGAUGGGUUCUUCUCAUUUGUUGCACUGGCUAAGUUCACCUACUCAAAGAUCAACCUUUUCAUUCAGGUACGUUGUCCUUUACGUUUGCCAAGUUAA